UUACAGGAGCCAGAACAGAAGGAUACAGGACUAGCUGUCUGCUGCUGUUGUGCAGUUCUUUGUGGAGAGUGUGCGUCUUAGUAUUGCUGUCCAUUCAGUGAAGCCAAGUGGAUUGAUCACUAACCAGCAUGUGGGCUGCAUGUCCACAAAAAGAGCAGGCUCACCCUGCUCAAGGGGCUAACUGCUGAGCAUGCUGGAUAAGGCUCCACCGACUACCAGUAGCCUCAACCUGGUGAACUCUGAAGUUUCUGAUCCGGACGUACAUGACGGUAUCACGAUGGCCGACCUUGUGGAGAGCCUGGACACUAGAGAGCUGGAAAUGGGGGAGGGAGAGGAGAUCGACUAUGAGGGAAAUUUAGGGGACUGUCGUAUUCCAUUUUCAGCGGUGUAUGCCACAGUGGGCUUUAAGGAGGCCAAUGCUAAGGUCUACCUUCCCACGGUGCCCAUCACUGCUCGGAUCCUGGAAGUGGAGAGAUUCACCACCGCACAAGACCGCUUCAACCUGUCGCACCACAGGAGUGUCAACAAGUCUCUGCCAGCAGUAUUUAGGAUUGAGCUGAAGCACGGUGAGUUUACCUGGGUAGUGAAGAGGAAGGAGAAACAUUUCAUGGAGCUGCACAGAGAGCUGAGGACGUACAAGACCUUCAUGAGGAUACCGCUGCCCUCCCGAAGCCACACAGUGAGGAGGAGGACAAUGAGGAAGAGUGAGGUGAGGGAAAUGCCCUCCCUUCCUAGAGGAGGGGGAGAAGACCUGGUGCGAGAUGAGCAGGUCUCCAGCAGGAGGAGGCAGUUAGAAGACUAUUUGAACAAGCUGCUGAGGAUGGCCAUGUACCGCAAAUAUCACCAUACUAUGGAGUUUAUUGACAUCAGCCAGCUGUCUUUCAUUCAUGACUUGGGGCCCAAAGGACUGGAAGGAAUGAUCUAUAAGCGUUCUGGUGGACAUCGUAUCCCUGGCAUGAACUGCUGUGGUCACAGCCAGGCCUGCUACCGCUGGUCCAAACGCUGGCUGGUGGUAAAGGACUCCUGCUUGCUGUACAUGAAGCCAGACUCAGGGGCCAUCUCCUUUGUCCUGCUGGUGGAUAAAGAGUUCAGCAUCAAGAUGGACUCCAAAGACACAGAGACCAAACACGGAGUCCGGAUUGACAGCCUCUCCAGGACCCUGGUGUUUAAGUGCAGCAGCUACAGACACGCACGCUGGUGGGGUCAAAGCAUCGAGAGCUUCGUGAGGAGUCAUGGGAGCGCUUUCCUCCGAGACCACCGCUUUGGAUCAUUUGCACAGGAACAGGAAAACAUCCCCGCCAAAUGGUAUGUGAAUGGAAAGACUUACAUGGAGGAUGUGGCUGAUGCUUUGGAGGAAGCCAAGGAGGAAAUCUUUAUUACUGACUGGUGGCUAAGUCCAGAGAUCUUCUUGAAGAGACCUGUAGUGGAGGGUAACAGGUGGAGGCUAGACUGCACCCUCAAACGCAAAGCACAACAGGGAGUUCGCAUCUUUGUGAUGUUGUAUAAGGAGGUGGAACUCGCCCUGGGCAUCAACUCGGGCUACAGCAAGAGGACCCUCCUGCACCUGCACCCCAACAUCAAGGUGAUGCGUCAUCCAGACCACGUCUCCUCCUCUGUCUAUCUGUGGGCGCAUCACGAGAAGAUUGUUGUCAUUGACCAAUCCGUAGCCUUCGUUGGGGGGAUCGACCUAGCAUAUGGUCGUUGGGACGACAGAGAGCACCGGCUGACAGAUGUCGGCAGUGUGACGCGCUCUGUGGCCCUGGAGCAGGCAGCGUCCAACAACACUACGUCCAGUAAGGGUGUGUCCUCUGUUGAUGCCUUCUCCAAAAGCAAUGGGCAAGGGACGCCGCCUAGUGAUACGGUGGACAUGCCCAAGCUGAAGGGGAUUGGACGCAAUAGGAAGUCUCGCUUCACUCUGGUCAGACACCUGCAUAAGCACACUCUGCAGCAUGCAGACAGUGUCAGCAGUGUCGACAGUGCAGGGAGUGGUUCAGUGCAAAGCCUGAAGACCGGUGUUGGAGAAUUACAGGGCAAUACAAGAUUCUGGCAUGGAAAAGACUACUGCAACUUUGUCUAUAAGGACUGGAUCCAGUUGGAGAAACCUUUCGAUGACUUCAUCGAUAGGUACACAACUCCCAGAAUGCCUUGGCAUGACAUCGCCUCAGUAGUUCAUGGCAGAGCUGCCCGGGAUGUCGCCAGACACUUUAUUCAGCGCUGGAACUUCACUAAGAUCAUGAAGCCCAAGUAUCGCUCUCUGUCUUAUCCAUUCCUGCUGCCCAAGUCUCACUCCACUGCCAAUGAGCUCAGAUACCAAGUCCCUGACUGUGUCAAUGCCAAAGUGCAGGUGUUGCGGUCAGCAGCAGAUUGGUCGGCAGGCAUAAAGUACCACGAGGAGUCCAUCCAUAAAGCCUACAUAGAGGUCAUCGCUAAGAGCAAACACUACAUCUACAUAGAGAACCAGUUCUUCAUCAGUUGUGCCGACAACAGGACAGUCUACAACAAGAUCGGAGACGCCAUCAUUGAAAGGAUCAUCAGAGCACACAAGGAGGGUAAGAAGUAUCGUGUGUAUGUGGUCACCCCUCUGCUUCCUGGCUUUGAGGGAGACAUCACGACAGGAGGAGGCAACGCCAUCCAGGCUGUGAUGCACUUCAACUACAGAACCAUGAUCAGAGGAGAAUACUCCAUCAUCUCCCAGCUGAAAAAGGAGAUGGACGACCACUGGAUGAACUACAUCUCCUUCGCUGGUCUGCGGACUCACACUGAGCUGGAGGGACGUCUGGUCACAGAGCUCAUCUACGUCCACAGCAAGAUGCUCAUUGCUGACGACAACACUGUCAUCAUCGGUUCUGCUAACAUCAACGACAGAAGCAUGCUGGGUAAACGCGACAGCGAGGUGGCAGUGAUUGUUGAGGACUCCGAAAAAGUUGCUGCAGUGAUGGAUGGACAGGAGUAUGAAGCUGGACCCUACGCACUUCAGCUUCGCCUUGAAUGCUUCAGGACUAUUCUUGGAGGCCACACUGACACCAGUAUUGACCUGUCUGACCCCAUCAGUGAUCGCUUCUAUAAGGAGGUCUGGAUGACCACAGCUGCCCGCAACGCCACUAUUUAUGAGAAGGUAUUUCGUUGCCUUCCUUCGUCUCUGGUGAGGAACAUGUCAGAGCUGGAGCAGUAUCAGUCCAAACCAGGUUUGGCCCAGAAUGAGCUGGCCCGUGCUCAGGAGGAGCUGCGCAAAAUCCGAGGCUUCCUGGUCCAGUUUCCUCUGGACUUCUUGUCUGAGCAGAACCUCAUGCCCUCUGUUGGAACGAAGGAAUCCAUGGUCCCAACGGAGAUCUGGACAUAAAGGAUGUGCCACCACUGCCAGCCACUUCCACAUCUGAAUUGAACUGUUUCUUGAGCAUCUUGAGUGAAGUAUCUGGAUUGUGGUUGUCAUCAAAUGUGUAAUAUUGGAUUUGCAAGAGAUCACCUUUCAUCCAGAGAUGAGAGGCAGUUUCAUGGGUGUCCUCUGGACUGAUAUGACUGAUGGGCAUUGACAAAUCUCUCAAAUCUGUUCCUGCUGAAAAAACACUAAACAGAAGUUACAGCUUUUUGAGGCAAGCACUAAGUUUGGAUAUGUAUGAAGAACAAAAAGACUUGAUGACCUCUAUGUAGGCACUUGAGGACAACAAUUAUGACUGCAUUGUGACCGCAUUCAAGCUGUGGAGGUGGAAAACAGGCACAUAAACUUUGGGUCUUGGGAACUAAACUUGGCCCUGACCUUCAGACUAUUGGAAAAUCUCAAAAGACAGUGAGGAUUUCUAAAGGGACCAGCGCGCAGCGGUAGUAAAAUUGUUGACAAUGACGCUAACAAAUAUUCUGCUCCUAACAAAAUACACAGAGAUGGUAAUGCAUGUGUUUACUGAGUUUGUGAUGUAUACUUGUAAGGUGCAUUAGUGUUAUGUAUGCUGUUUAUGAGCUCACAAAAGAGUCGUUUAGCUGCUUUAGACGAGUUUCAAAGGUAGUUAUCUCAGCUGCAUCUUGAGGAUCUUUACUGUUAAAAAAACAAACAAAAUCCAAAACAUGUGAUUGCUCUACUGUGCAGUGAAUGCACAGAUAAUUUUACUGAUUCAGCAGUGGUGCAUGAUUUACUAACUGUGCUCAAAUCUUGUUAACACGAUUGCUAUAAUGCAUGUACCAAACCCCUCAGAGACAUUGUAUGUCCUGUCAAACGUGCUUUGUGACAGAUAAUUGUCAGACAUGAGGACUGAACUUUCCUGCUGAAAUCAAAAUGAACUGUGUUGGGCGGACCCAGGUACAAAAGCUGAUUCAACUCAGUUAUAUCAUACUGUGUUCAGAAGGGUGAGUAGAACGUUAUUAUGGCUGUGUAAGUAGUGUAAAAUGAUUGUGCCAGCAGCCAACGUCAAAGGGUGAAUGAGACAAUCGGCCCACAAAUUCAAAGAAGUAAUUUCCUCUUUGCUCAACAGAUGGUGCUAGCCUCUAAAAUAUCGGGUUUGUGUAGAGUUAUUCAGCAGUCCAAGAUAGGCCUUUCAGUUCUCCCACUAUUUCUCUGUGCUAUGGUGAUAAUGUUCUAUUGAGUGCAGAAAUAGUCUUUGAAACAGUGUAAACAAUGAAAUAAAAACUAUAUUUUCCAUAUAGCAUGCAACUGAUACCAGAGGCAAUACCGUUUGAAAUCACUUGUUACGUUUCGUGUUUCCUGGCAGUUAUGUUUUGAGUUUCCUGGCAGUUCCAGCUGUUUUCUUGGUGGAGCUUUUUUCUCCGAGUAGAAAUAAUUCCACUCUCAAUACAUUUUAUUUUUUGUAAUGUAAAACAUGGGACCAGACUAUUGAUGAAUGUUGAAGUGAUAAUGUUUGGAAACAUUACAAUCUUUGUGUCUACAAAGACAAUAUAUUCAAACAGUUUUGCGUUUAAAUUCUUUGAUUAAUUUUGACAAGAUUGUCUGUAUCGUUUUCCCGCUGUAUUUGUCGUUGCAUUAUUUAUGGAAUAUGACUCAUUUCUUUAUCGUAUCCAUAUACUGUAUAUCUGAACCCCUUUGCCUCAAAUUGGACUUGCUUUUACUCUGUUUAUGUACAAUAUCAUCUUUGUAUGGUUGAAAGUAUUUCUAAUUUCUAUCUGUUUAUUUAACAAAAUUUAAGUCAUAAUUUUAAUGGCUAACAAAUAAAAUUACAUUUUUUUUUUUUUAUCCCAUGGAAAUAAUGUCAGGAGUACAUUGGUGUCAAUGUGUGAAUGAAGCUACUCAUACUGCAAGGCUGUAACAGUUUGAGGCUGUCAGGUAUCAACCAUUUUAUCAAUUUGAUAUUUUGCAUUCAUGACAACUCAUAUCUACAUCACUCUCUUAAAGAUAAAUAAAUACAACCCCAACA